CAAUAGUUCUCUCUGGGUCAAAUUGGACUUCAAAAAAGGCCCAAAGCUGAGUUGUUUUCUCUUGUCUUCUUCUUCUUCAUAUUUCAGUUUCACUUCUUCUUUCUAAAGAUCUCUUCAUUUUCUUGAAAACCCUUUCUUUAUUCCCAAUUUGCAAAAUUCAGAAAUUACCAUAAAUAAAAAUCCAAUCUUUAUCAGAAAAAAAUGAUUCUUUACGAAAUUGAACUUCUGGGCUUCCUCUAAUUUCUGCUGGUUCGGAGAUUGAAGUUCGAUUCUUCGUCCGGAAAAAAAAAUAUAAUAUAAAUUAAAAUGAACGGCGCAGCAUUGAUAGCCAUUGCUGCAACAAUCGGCAACUUCUUGCAGGGUUGGGACAAUGCAACCAUUGCAGGAGCUGUUGUUUACAUUAAAAAAGAGCUCGAGUUAGGAGCCGCGAUAGAAGGGCUGAUAGUGGCAAUGUCACUAAUCGGAGCGACACUAAUCACGACUUGUUCCGGCACAAUCUCCGAUUCGAUUGGCCGACGCCCGAUGCUUAUUGCGUCGUCCAUGUUUUAUUUCCUAAGUGGAUUAAUAAUGUUAUGGUCCCCUAAUGUAUACGUCUUACUCUUAGCAAGGCUUCUAGAUGGAUUCGGUAUCGGUCUUGCUGUCACACUCGUGCCUCUGUACAUAUCUGAGACCGCGCCUUCGGAAAUUCGAGGGCUGUUGAAUACUCUGCCGCAGUUCACCGGUUCGGGUGGAAUGUUUUUGGCGUACUGCAUGGUUUUCUCGAUGUCUUUAGCGGCCUCGCCUAGCUGGCGGUUGAUGCUUGGAGUUCUUUCGAUUCCUUCUCUUUUGUAUUUCGCGUUGACUGUGUUUUAUUUACCUGAAUCUCCGAGGUGGCUUGUGAGUAAAGGGAAGAUGCUUGAGGCGAAACGAGUUUUGCAGAAACUUCGUGGGAGGGAAGAUGUUUCCGGUGAAAUGGCUUUACUGGUGGAGGGUCUAGCAGUAGGAGGAGAAACAUCCUUGGAGGAGUACAUCAUCGGCCCGUCAGACGAACUGGGCGACGAUCAAGAUCCAACGGGCCACGAAGACGACCAGAUAAAGCUAUACGGGCCCGAAGCUGGCCUCUCGUGGGUCGCAAAGCCAGCAUCGACGGGCCAGAGCCGGGUCAGCCUGGUCUCCCGCCAAGGCAGUAUGGUGAACCAGAGCAUACCUUUAAUGGACCCGCUCGUCGCCCUCUUCGGCAGCGUCCACGAGAAGAUGCUUCCGGAAGCUUCCGGAAGCAUGCGGAGCAUGCUCUUCCCCAAUUUCGGCAGCAUGUUCAGCACCGCCGAACCGAACGUAGUCAAGAACGACGAGGAGGAGUGGGACGAGGAGAGCUUGCAUAGAGAGGGAGAGGGGUCUGCUUCGGAUGAUGGGGGCCCCACUGAUGAAGAGGACGGCGAUUUGCGUGCCCCACUGAUGAAUAUGAGGAGGAAUAGUAGUCUCGUGCAAGGGGGUGGGGGUGGGGGUGGCGGAGAUGCGAUGGGGAUCGGUGGUGGGUGGCAGCUGGCGUGGAAGUGGUCGGAGAGAGAUGGGGAGGAUGGUAAGAAGGAAGGUGGGUUUAAGAGGAUUUAUUUGCACCAAGAGGGUCCCGCCGCUUCGAGGCGUGGGUCCCUUGUUUCGAUUGCUGGCGGUGAUGGUGGUGGUGCUGGUGGUGAGGGUGGUGGUGAGUAUUUUCAGGCGGCGGCGCUGGUGAGCCAGCCAGCGCUUUACUCGAAGGAUAUUUUGGAUAGGCGUCCAGUGGGGCCCGCGAUGGUGCACCCUCUGGAAACUUCCGGAAAUGUGUCGGUUUGGGAUGCUCUUCUUGAGCCGGGGGUUAAACGGGCUUUGAUUGUUGGGAUCGGGAUCCAAAUACUGCAGCAGUUUUCUGGUAUAAACGGUGUAUUGUACUACACUCCGCAAAUUCUGCAGCAGGCGGGUGUGGGAGUUCUAUUAGCAAACCUCGGCAUGGGAGCAGAUUCUUCGUCUUUUCUGAUUAGCGGGUUGACUAAUUUUCUUAUGCUGCCGUGUAUUGCUGUUGCUAUGCGCUUCAUGGAUAUUGCCGGUCGAAGGUCCUUAUUGCUGACAACACUACCGGUUCUAAUAAUAUCACUCAUCGCCCUCGUAAUCGGAAACGUAUUCGAUUUCGGAACACUGGCCCACGCAAUAAUCUCAACCACAUGCGUCGUAAUCUACUUCUGCACAUUCGUGAUGGGUUACGGCCCAAUCCCGAACAUCCUCUGCUCGGAAAUAUUCCCGACGAGAGUGCGCGGAAUAUGCAUCGCUAUAUGCGCCCUAGUUUUCUGGAUAUGUGAUGUCAUCGUCACUUACUCGCUACCCGUUAUGCUGAGCUCGAUCGGCUUAGCUGGCGUUUUCGGGAUUUACGCCGUUGUUUGUGUUAUCUCGUGGGUGUUCAUUUUCUUGAGGGUCCCGGAAACUAAGGGUAUGCCGUUGGAAGUUAUUACCGAGUUUUUCGCCGUUGGAGCCAAACAGAGCGCUGCUGCUAAAGGCGAGUGAUUCGAUCGAGUGUUCGAUAUUUGAUGUGUGGUGGUGCUGCUGCUGAAGAUCAAUGUUGUUGUUAUUUUGGCAGUCUUUUAUUUUAUUUUAUUUUUUAAUCUUUUUUUUUUAAUGUAAUUUUAUUCAGAAUUCAGUAAUCAGACUUGCCUUAUUUUAUUUACAUCUUGUUGUAUGUAAUAUGGAAAAAGGGUUGAAUUGUUUUGGGGAAAUUAAAUUGAAGUCCAUCUCCUAACUCAAGUGGUUGCUUCAGGUUUAA